AACUGGCUGACGGAAAGUGCCAAGCUCAUUGCCCAGUCGGGACAGACGGUGGAGUGGGUCACGCCGCUCGGUCUCCCUAUCGUGCAGCCCUACUAUCGGUCCAGGUCCACUGUGCUGAAUUGCAGCAUGCAGAACUUGAGUGUGAAAAAUUCCAACAGCAGCCAGAAGCCUGAUACAGUGAAGCAGAAGAACGCCUUCCCACCCAACUUCAUCCACUCCCUGGACUCCACGCACAUGAUGCUUACGGCUCUGCACUGCCUCAGGCAGGGUCUGACCUUCGUCUCAGUCCACGAUUGCUACUGGACUCACGCGCUCACCGUGGAUGUCAUGAACCAGAUCUGUCGGCAGCAAUUUGUGGCUCUGCACAGCGAGAAGAUCCUGCAGGAUCUGUCCGAGUUCAUGCUGGAGAAGUACUGCAGCCCCGGCAGAGAGACUAGAGCCCUCUGGCAGAAGAAACUGAUGGAGCAGCUGUCAAACGUCCCCAAGACAGGAGAAUUCAGCCUGAAGAAGGUGAUGGAUUCCACCUAUUUCUUCAGCUGAGCUCUGGGAGCCAGCGGGGCCCCGGACUACCUCUGGACUACCUGCUGUCU